GUAUUAGCGUACAGAUAUCGAGAUGGAGAAAUCAUCCGUCAAACUCAUUUCUAUGUGGCUUGUUCUCUUCAUCGUCGUCGCUCAAUAUGGAGAAGUGACAAGAUUAGGAGUAGAGGCAGAUCUUAGUUGCACAAAAGAUAAAGAGUGCUUCAAGAUUUGCAAAACUGGGUGCCAUGACAUCCCCGGAUUUAUUCAUUGUCGGUGUGUCAGUAAUAUAUGCAUGUGUAUGAAGCCUGACGCCGCCGGCGGGCCUGUUCCCGUCAACGUGACCGCCGGCGCUAUAUAAUCUUUAAUAUUUAGUUAAUAAAAUCAAUAAAUUGAAGUUGGUGUCU